AGUACUCAGACUCUAACAUCCAUGACAAGGGUCACAAACCCGAUGUACAUGUUUACAUUGGUGUAAAUCAUGUCAUCAUCACUUCGAAUAUAACUCGGAUGAGAUAUUUUGGUUAUUAUUCAUGUACAGGUGAGUAAUCCCUUGCCGCUAAAUACAGUUUUUUUGCAUCACAGAAUGCCCCUUUAUUGACCUUUUUGUCUUGGUUCUUUGUUUCCUCAAAUGCCCAAGGCUUUAAAAUAGUGUAAAGCUUGUUCUCUCAAUUUCAUAUCUUCUGUAAAUUGAGUUCUCUUCGUACUCCUCCUUUUUUGUAAGAUUCAGAGUUUCAUUUUCAGUUGCCUUGAUUAGCAGCAUAACCUUCCUUUCCCUUACAUGUAUGUAAAAAGUAUUAAGAAUGACAAGAAUUAAUAAAGGAAGUAAUUUUAAACUUUGGACAUAGCUAGGCCGUGGGUUAAGAAAUCAUUGGACUACCUCCAGAUCUCUUUAAUAUCCAAGUGGGUUAUUUUAAGAAAGUAAGUGCUUUUCCAGUCUAUGCUAGAUAUGCCUUUAAUAUUGAAACUGUUCAAGAUAAAAGUUGUUUAGACAACAACUUUUAUGCAGUAAAAACAGUUUUUUUCCUUACUCCCGGCUAUUUUUUUCAAGCUCUUGAUAACUUGAACCUUUUUUGUUGGCAUUGGCCAAACUGAAAAUUGCUUUGAAUGCAGUUUUGUGAAACAUGGGUAAACUCUGUUUAUAUAACUGACCCGAAAAGUUUAGGGGAAAUUCUUCAUGCUAUGACAUAGGGCAUUGUAUAUUUUUAUUUCUAUUUUCUCUGAAGGUGACUUGUAGCUAAAAACUGUAUCAAAGAAAGGAAGGAAAAGAAUGUCAGCUGCAGGCCCUUUUCCUAGAAAGAAAAAGGCAGUGAAACACAGACUUAAAUCUAGUAAACCUGAAUUUGAGCAUGAGGAGUAUGAAGCUGCUUCCAAGGCCAAUCCAGAGCAGGUAUUACUUGUUUAUAGUAACUUCUCUUCAUUGAUUAUUAAAUGAGUGAAUCCACUAGUAGGAAAGUUAAAGUAAUUCGUUUGUUCUGAUUGGCUACUCAGGAGCAGGAAUCAUGGCCUAUCUUUUUCUGUGUUGGUUCCAAAUGGAAAAGUUCUCUUCUUGGUCAUAUAAUAAAGUGUUAUUUACCAAGCUUGUUCAGUCAAGAUUUAAGGAUAUUGGUUUGGUUUUGUUUUGUUUGUCUGUUUGUUAUUUUUUGCAUUUUUACUGUCUUAGACUUCGCUGGUUAUUAAAAUGAUAAAAAUAACUUUCAAUGAAUGAAAACCUUUACUAUGAGUUGGGCUUAACAAUAAGACAAAAUCUAACUUUUUUUUCUUUCUUUUUUUUUGUGAUGGUUGUGUUCUUUCUAAGGUUCUUUAGAACCAAACAAUGGCUGUUGUGAAAAUGCUUGCUGAUUAAAGAGGAGGGGUUUUUAAUAUAUGUUCAUUUAGUGUUGUGUGCAGUGAUGCCAGCAUAGCAUGCACCACACAUUCAGUUUUUAUAAACAUUGUUGAUUCACAAUCAGUGUCUUUUUCAGACUAAACAAGCUGAAGCAUUAGCAGAAGAGGGUCCAGCAGAGUUCUGGAGCCAAUCACUUCAAAAUUCUCAGGGGCGACCAGUUCAGGUAUUAAGUAGAUUAGAAAACCGUCGUGCAGGUACACCAGCCUCAUCAACCAACUAACAACCAAACACAGCCAAAAAUUAGCUAAUGGGAUAUGAAGAGAAACUGCUGGCUAAAGAGCCAAAUUCCCAGAGUGGUAAAGUUCUAAACAAAGUGGAUGAAGAAAAUGAAAAUGGAACAAAACAACCAUCAGAUUAUGUUCAUUGGAAAUGGGCCAUUUUAAACUUAUAGAUGGAAGUGAGGCUGGAGGUGACCUUGUAGCCUGUGUGGCAAGUGUUUGAAAAGGAAGGGAAAGGGGGUUGGGGAUGCAAGAGAACAGGGGUGCACCCCUCGCAUUUCUCUUGAGCCUAAAACGCCCUUUCCCUUCCAUUUCAAAUGCAUGCCACCAGGCUAGUGACCUUGUUUUGAUACAAACUUUCCUGCAUUAUUAUGUAAAUCAAGUUGUUCUUAUGCUAACUAGUAUUUUUCAAGGACAGUUUUCAUAACAAAGCAAAGGAGGUUUGUAUCAAAACAAUUGAGGUCAACCUCAGCCUCACAUUCACUUGAAGGCUAGGGCACUAAGUCCACAACUGUAAAAUGGUCUUUUCUUAAAAAAGCAUUUUAGAAAUACCACAAUCAAACUUGUUAAAUUACACUUUUUACACGUUUUUUGCAUAUGUUAUAGUUAAUUUUUAUCUCAGGUAAUUUUUAUUUUUCCUUUGUUUCAACUUCAUUAGCAUUCAUUACCAUACCCAAAAACAGAAGAAAAAUAAAAAUUACCUGAGAUAAAAAAUUAACUGCAACAUAUACACUGUAAGAUCAUCUGGAACCAAAUCAUUAGUUGUUGGAAACAUGCUUGCCAGUUGGAGAGGAGGAAAAUCAAGGUUUUGCUACUUGAUACAAUUGCCACCAUUCACAUGUAAUCCAACAUAACCUUUAUUUAACAGGCCAAAUAUUAUUAUUGUUAACAAGACGUACAAUGUGGACAGGAACUUUUGACAAAUCACUCAAUGGACUUUGAUAAAAUCAGUAAAAAAAAUAAUAAAUGUAAUAAUAGGAAUAAGAAUGAGAAUAAUGUUAACAGGGACAGUCACUAAAAGAUCCCAUCUGUAUUUAAAGAAAGCAGGACUAAACAGAAGUGUUCUACCAUUACGAAAAGCUUGUUUACUGGGAACAGCAAAAAUAGGUGAUGGACACCUUAAGGUGAUGGAUACAUGUUACUAAGGUGACAGGAGGUCACCUAGUACCAGGGAAUGAUCCUGUUGGACGACCAAGAAAACAGUACGAACUUCAACUGACAAUAAUCAUCAUCAUCAUCAUCAUCAUCAUCAUUAUCAUCAUCACCAUAAUAUUACAGCCAAAGCAGGUCAAGCGAUCCAGUCGCUAACGAACUAAUGGAUUCAUUAAUGGCAAGAUGAUUUCGUUUGUUGAUUCAAUAAUCCAUUCAUAAAACGAACAAUUCAAUAUUCAUAUUCAGCCUCGAUUCAAUGAUCGAAUAUUGAUUUGAUUAUUGUUUUUUCAAAAACUACACUUUCCACAAAUCGUCCUCAGAAUUUUGUUUUUUCUUCUUUUUUUGUAAGAAUCGAGUGCGGGUGUGUUCUGAAGUUCAAACCCAAACAAACUUUUACAUGUACGCCAUUUUGCUGCCAAUAAUAGUGCAACAGACCUGACCUCUUAGAAAACACGGUGGUCAAACUGAGGUCAGUUUAUGUGCGGUGAUCGGUGGAUUUCGAUCCUCGGCCUUUGUCAGUUUCUUUGCGUUUGCGGUCUGUCUAUUCUUGCUCUUAUUUUGAUUAAACGCAAUGAAAAACGCAAUCUUAAAUGGUAGAAAAAGGGACUGGUGAAUACGAUUGAACACAACAGACAAGAAUUAAGAACAAUAGACUUUGUUCAUAAACCAAAUCAGCAUUUAAUUAUUGAAUCGAGGUCCAAUUUAACUAUUGGAUUAUUCAGUCAUUAUAUGAAUGGAUUAUUGAAUCGACAAACCGAAUCAUGUUUUCAUUCAUGAAUUUAUUAUUGCACUAGCGACUGGAACGUUUGACAUGCUUUGACUGUGAAAAAGAGUGUUGGUUCAAUUUUGUUUGUGUUUGUUUCUUGUAUAUAUUUUUUUGUUUUUCAGAACGUUGGUACAUUGACAGAUCUGGACAAAUUGUACCUGGCUUUGGCUGAAGUUAAAAAAGAGCACUAUUUCAAUACCCUUUGCUUUGGUCUAGGAAUCAACAGUUUAAACGCCUUAGAGAAUUACAGUAUUGGAUCAGACAAAGCCCAAAGUCGUAUUAUAUCAUCUACUGAUCUAGCUGACUUAAAAGAGGAACUAAAAAACCGGUUAUUCUCCUUUUAUCAACUUUCUGAGGUACCUGAUCAGAUACAUAAGGGCAAAAACCGAAUAUCCACAUCCAGCAUAAAGGCGAUACCCGAAAUAUCGCGAAAUUUGGCAGAGCCACAGUUAUAUCCUCGUUUGUUUUCAACAAAUGACUUUCAAAUUUGGCAACUUUACUGAUUGUACGGCGUUCCCUCCAGCCAUGUUAACCCUUUAAGCCCCAAGAUCCACAUAUAAAUUCUCAAGACUGAUGCCCAUACAUUUCGUUUAAGAAAAGUUGAGAGAAUUGGUUUAAGAUCAAAGCGUUUUCUCUUUGGUAAUCAAUUUAGUCAUUCUGAUAACCUUUACUCUUGAUGAUCUGCAGAUAUUGUUAGGAGAAUAUUGAUUUUGGUCACAUUCGAGACCUAAAGGGUUAACGGUUUUUGGCUAACUGAUCCCAGUCAAAAGUUGAAAAAUCGUGAAAGGGUCUGUUAGGCUAAGACGUUAUUGGGGUUUAAAGUCGAUUAGUAAGAAGUUGUUUCGCCCGAACGUAAGUCCAUUCGCCCAAUGUUUAUUUGUCGUUCUUUAAUUACUAGAAUGGUUGAAAUCACCAGUCUUAUUGUUUUAACGUUGUUGUGGUUACUGUUGCUUUUUAGAAAUACAAAAGUAGCAACGUUCAUGAGACGUGUAGAGUAAAGGGAAUUCCAAUGAUCCAAAAACAAGACGUUUCUGUCACAAAAGCUAUGGGUGUGGGCCCUUUUGCUGGAUAUGUAUGCGAAGCUCAAUGGACAAGGCCUGAUGGAGUUCAGGUUUGUGCCAUUUUGGAAUGAAUUGACAUAAUGAAGGAUAACGCGUGUCUGGGUCUCGUAGAUCAUAAUACAUGUUAGCGUACCUUCUUUAUCAGCUACAAAAGGUCCAAACUACCAUAGCUAGGUUUAUUUUCCAGGAAGUUUAAAACUGUCAUGUUAAGGUGGCUCGGUUGGAUUUUUAGGGCCAUUCCUUUCAACGUAAACUUCUUCGCCAUUGUCAAAGAUACAGGAAAAGGAUUUAUUUUAAAAACGAGGUGAAAAUUUGUUGUGAAGAGUAUUUUGUUGAGCUCAGAGGUGUGAUAACAACCAUAUAAUGACAUCAUUAACUAUUCUACUUGCAGUCGCAUUUCUCAGCACUGGGAGGUUUCAAAAAUUCCCCAAAAUCGCUAAGGGAGUUUGUUUCUCCAAAAGUCACUUCAAUGUUCUUGAUGUUUGGGCAUGAAGUUUUAAUGAUUACAAACACAGUAAAAGCCAGUGGAGAAUCUUGAAACUCGGCCAUUAUCUAUAGAAAACGAAGCGCGUUUUUGAACGCAAUUUCACCGCAUCCAUAGUAGUUUUGCCGUUUUUUCCUAAACGAUAUUCUAAAUAUUUCCGUCAAUCUUUUGAUUAAAUAAAAGGCGCGAGAAAUAGUGAAAGCAGGACAGGAGAAGAAGAAAGCUGCACAACUCCGCCAAGGAAACAACAAUGCCACACACGUAUGAUGGAAUGACCAUCAACAAAGUUCGUUCGCGAAAACCGCUUCAACCCACCGUUUCAAAAAGAAACACUCCUCGCACGGUUUUAACACAAAAAGUAACAUCUUUUAAAAAAGAAAAAAAAAACACAAAGAGGAACGCAAGCUUCCAAAUUUUGCUAUAUCCGUCGUAAGUUAUUUAACUGCCUGUCUAUUUGUUUUGUUUUGUUUUUUUUUAGCAAAAGGUGUGUCUUCGGUACGAUGAAAAAGUUGACACACUGUUUCUGCAUGAAGCAGAAAUGGCAAAUGUACUUCGUCACAAGAACAUGCUUUCUAUUUAUGGUGUGGUAACUGGAAGUUCCUAUUCACCCACUUUUGCUUUGGUAAGUUUAACUACAAAAUCAUUUUAUUUUUAGUCAUUAACUUGUAGAAAUUUGGCCGAACAACGCCGUUUGAAGCUAGUUAAGUCCUUUUUGCUUGGUCCUUUUUGCUUGGUUUCGAACGAAAAAAGAACGCAAAACGUCUCAAAAGUUGUUUACAAAUUGAACUAGAGCUAUGCUGCUCCUUUUGCGGGAAAAUUUCCAUUCCAUCGAGGAAUAUGGAAAGGAAAUAUGCCAGUUUGAUAAUGCAAAAAUCUUGCAUUUAGUACAUUGCGCUAGCCGUCAGUAAUCCCUCCCCCUCCCUCCUCCCUUGUUUUUUGUUUUUAUACGCGCGCUCAACAAUCUCUAAAGAGAAGAAAAGGAGUCUAAACAGGCUAGUACGUAUGCAUGUCACAGAGCAUUGUAAAUUCGGUCCUUUCACGGUAGGUAGUGGAAUUCGCAGAAUAUGGGAACCUCUAUGAAUCCAGGGACUUCCGAACUAUAGAAGAACUAUGCAGGUUUACAAUACAAGCUGCUACUGCUCUGGAAUACAUUGAGUCAAAGGGUAUCAUCCACCAAGCGGUCAACUCAAAUACCUGCCUGGUUGUGUCAAAAACUGAGGUGAGCUUAUAUGAUGAAGUUUUUGUUGUGGUUGUGGUGAACACUUGUGAACUGCUCUCAAUAAAGUCACGAUGAUUUGUGUUUUCUCCCUUUUAGCCUGUAAUCUUCACAGGGUCCAGGGGAGAUAUGUUUGUCGUUAGAACAUCAAAACCCGUCGAAAACCUCUGAAAAAAUGGGUUAUUUUGAUCUCGUUACAGUUUCGUUACACAUUCGGCUGCAAACCAAGCCGAGACUGAGGGCUCGCAGAAUCGGCUUACAGUAUAAAAUACGGAUUGUCCUUUUUAUUACUCGGCACUUGGUGCCUCGGUCGCCCUUCGGGCGACGUGCCGAGCGCCAACGAAGAUAUGGCUUGCGGUUAUUGAUUUUCAAAAUGGCGAACAACAAAGAUCUGGGUCAGACAAGAAGCGAACAAAUUGUUUACAAUAGAGUCAUAAAGAUCCCACUGGGCUAAUUAAUCGUGCUAAGCGACAGGUAUAGACAUUUUUCAAGGUGAGACUUUAAAUAAGUAAUUCAUUUAUUCACACGAAACUUCUCUGGACCCUGUGUAAUCUUGUUUUGAACUGUUGCUAAUAUAAUUCCUCACUCGCCAAAAAAAGGGAUUAUUUAGGUUUCUGGGAAACUGCCCACCUACCCCUUCCCUAAGUCAACAUUAACACUAACUUCUCACUUAGGGCAAAAUGUUGGGUUAGGGGAGGGGUAGGUGGGCAGUUUCCCAGAAACCCAAAUUGAUUCAAAAAAAUGUCUCUCCCUCUCAAUCACCAUCUCCCCACGUGGUGAAGUCCAUAUCGGGUUUGUGCUCACGCAAGGCCCUCCCCACAUGAAAGGGGUAAGGCUAACACUAACGCACAGUUGUAAGCUUUUCCUUAUCCAAAUAAACAAACAAACAAAGGCAACGUUGUACAGUUGUAUCUUUAUCUGACCAUUAAAGAACGUCGUCAGUCAACUUCCUUUAGUGCCUUUACAGCGGCAGGACAAACGCAGUCGGUAGUGUGUUUGACGGCAGGGUGCGGCUUCGCGGGUUGGACUCCCGGGACAGGGUCUUAAAGGUGCUAUGUCACGCUAUUUGCCAUUUUCAAUUAAUGUGAAAAAGCUAACAUUUUUCUUCGCAUCAAUCUAAUGGUCCAUGAUGGACAUGCAUGGAUUGAAACUUCAAAAAGUUGGGCCAAAAUUUUCAAGUUUAAAUGCUAUGCAUGCAAAAUUCUCAAAAAAAAAUUUUCAUGUUUGGUGCUUCCUCUAUGAUUUUUUUAAAAUCUUCUUCAUAUAAUGUAGCCAUAGCAACGUUGAUCUUUUCACAUGGAUAUAACAUGUCAUUUUCACAUGUGAAGAUGUCAUGUUUUCGCUCGAAAUUUCAUUGUUGUUUAUACAAUAAAAAUUUUUUUUCAAAGGUUUUGAGUACUUUGUUAGCGAGGAAUUGUGCUUUUGACUUCGGAGUCUAAGACCUCCCUGGAGAAAUGCACCCUCUAUCAACGCACAUAAUGCGUGACUCCGAAUUUCUGUUUAACUCUGACUUACGUUUACGUUCCUUUAGAUGAAGCUUGGUGGUCUUGGAUCUUGCCAGUAUGACACGGAAAUGAAAAAGUGAGUAUGUGUUUGUAUUCUGGUCACCAGACGAGAUUUCUUUGGCGGUUAAGGUAGACGUACAAGGCAAGUCUUUCGUCUCCGCCUUUCUCUCAUGGAAUAGCGAUAUAAUGACUUGUGUACAUUUGCAACUGAUUUCACUUAAAGGUAUAUUUUCAGUUGCUUUUCGAGUGUAGCGCCAUGGAGCUUUUAAGUCGUGCGUUUUAUGCUACUUUGUCAAUCAUAUUUAAAAAAAAGCAAAAACGUUAAUAAUGAAACGUGCUCUCCCUCUCCCCCUGCCCAUUUCUUGUGAUGCUUGUGGAAAUUUUCAAGUUGUUGGUUAAAUGCGUUUAUGUUUUUUUUUUUUUUUUCAGAAACAAGCCUGCAUAUACACAGAAAGACGUGGUGUACCAGUUUGCCAAGCUCUUCUCUAUUCACUUCACUGGUUUUAACUACAAGGUUAGGGUGACAGAUGAGAAUGUGGCCAGCAGCUUCAAGGUAGUCUUCUUGAUACCCGAUUGGAUUCGCACCUUUGAUUAUAUAUAGUUUUGUGAAGUAUUUUCAAGGUUAUUUUUUUAAGUCUGCCAAAAAAGGUUCUUGUAUGUGGGGUAAUUUUUGUCAAAUUAAGUGUAGUAGGUUCUUAAUUUUUAUGAAAAAGAUGAUAGAUUGCUGAUUAUCAGGAUAUAUAGUUUAGUGCAGUUUUAGUUCACAAUUUUAUUGUUUUAACCAUAACAAAACUGAUUACUGAAAUAAGAUACAAUUUGGUACAGUAUGUUCUUGUUAUACGUAAAUUCACAAGCUGAAAGUUACUCUCCUUGGUUAAAUUGUUUAUCAUAAUUUAACUGAAACCGAGCCCGGGCCACGUGUAAGAACCUGCCCGAUAUUGCUUGGCUAAACAGCUUCUUGUAUUUUUUGGCAUUAAAGUGGCAAAUUUCUGCCAAAAAGGUUCUUAAUCCACAGGUUCUUAUUCUCGGGUGUUUACUGUAUCAGAGUUGGCCUUGAUCCAUUAGUCUCCUUCAAUUUGCUGUUUGUUUUUUUAACCAUCAUUUUAGUUUUUCGUUGGGUUGUGUCUUAUUGCCGUUGGGUUGUGUCUUAUUGUGUCUUAUUGCCGAUUCUACAGAAACGAGUGAUCAGAACUAUAGGUAAAACCAGUUUCGAUGCACAUACUGAUCCAAUCUUUCAAAAUCUUGGUAUCUUAAAAUUUCAUGAUAUAUACUUAAUACAACUAGGCUUAUUCAUGUACUCCUAUCAAAACCAUACUCUACCUUAAAAAUUUCAUUGUAAAUUUACCUUACAAAGUCAAAUUCAUUCGGAUGAUAAAAGAAACUCGUUUAAAUAUCGUCUGCCUUUCUGUCGUACUCGAACCAAACAAUUUUCAGUUUUUUAUCAAGGACCUAAAUUUUACAACACCUUAAACACCAGCGUUAUCAACGCUUCCUCACCUUUUUCCUUUAAAAGAGCUCUUAAGGCAUUUAUUUGUAAUAAUUAUUAGUAUACUCCAACAGAAAUCUUGCGAAAAAGUCUUUUAAUAUUCAACAUUAUUUGUAAACUUCCGUAAUAUUGAUUAGUUUAAUUUUCCACCUGAUAUUAUUUGGUAUCCGUCGACGUAAUUUUUAUGCCAUCUUCGAAAAAUUGUAAUUGAGGAGGCCUAAUUAACAUAAUCUCUAUAGUUUCCUUUAGGCCUCCUCACCAUUUCUUCCUACAUUUUUUUUUUUGGCAUUUUUUUUUGUAAUUAUUGUAAUCGUGUGGCAAAUAAAAUACAAAUACAAAUAGCAGUCGUGUUGGCUCAGUUAUACGAAAACAAUACAAAUACCGAGUUUGCUUUAUUUUUAUUCCCACGGUCAGCUAACCAAUACAUGUCCAGCUCUAACUAUUAAAACCGCUACUAUUGGCUUGUCGGUUUCAAAGAGUUGGAGUCGAGUAGGAGUAGUAGGAGUUGGGUUGGGGGUGGGUGAUAGCUGUAAGCAGUAGCUGUUAAAGAAUAAUAAAGACCAAGAUGUAAGAAGCACACUCUCGGUACCUUCUCUUGUAGCAUGCGAGUUGCUCGAGCACCCCCAACAUAAUUAUUUUGGUGGAGAACCCAGGUAACUAACCUUGAAAAUACUUCACAACAGUAGUAUGCGGAUGAUUAAGCGUUAAAUUUUUAAAAUAAUUUUAAACAUUAAAAUCACCCUUACUUAAUUAGGCUAGGAAUCUCACAGGUUUUUUUUUUUGCAGAUACUCCUAAAAAGGUAGAUAACAUCCAUCGAGCAAUAUGUUUUGCGUAUUCUUGCUUUCCUUCCGUUCAGUUUUAGUCAGAAAUUCAGCUAUUCUCUAUUUUCCAAUUGCCCAUAAUACACUCUGUUUGCACCCCAAAUUCUGCAUAAACCAUUGUUUUUAAAUGCUCCUCGGAGUAUUGCAUUUUCCCAAGAGCAUUUUAAGACAAUAAGUUAUGCAAAAUUUGGGGGGCAAACAGAGUGUAUUAUGGGCAAUUGGAAAAUAGUCAAUUUUGACUUCAGAUAGCCGCCAUUCUUUUAGUUCACUCAUGAAUAAACAGCUGGGCCGCUGCGCCUGGAAACGAGGGUGAUCGAUAGCUGCUACUGCUCUGGAAUACAUUGAGUCAAAGGGUAUCAUCCACCAAGCGGUCAACUCAAAUACCUGCCUGGUUGUGUCAAAAACUGAGGUGAGCUUAUAUGAUGAAGUUUUUGUUGUGGUUGUGGUGAACACUUGUGAACUGCUCUCAAUAAAGUCACGAUGAUUUGUGUUUUCUCCCUUUUAGCCUGUAAUCUUCACAGGGUCCAGGGGAGAUAUGUUUGUCGUUAGAACAUCAAAACCCGUCGAAAACCUCUGAAAAAAUGGGUUAUUUUGAUCUCGUUACAGUUUCGUUACACAUUCGGCUGCAAACCAAGCCGAGACUGAGGGCUCGCAGAAUCGGCUUACAGUAUAAAAUACGGAUUGUCCUUUUUAUUACUCGGCACUUGGUGCCUCGGUCGCCCUUCGGGCGACGUGCCGAGCGCCAACGAAGAUAUGGCUUGCGGUUAUUGAUUUUCAAAAUGGCGAACAACAAAGAUCUGGGUCAGACAAGAAGCGAACAAAUUGUUUACAAUAGAGUCAUAAAGAUCCCACUGGGCUAAUUAAUCGUGCUAAGCGACAGGUAUAGACAUUUUUCAAGGUGAGACUUUAAAUAAGUAAUUCAUUUAUUCACACGAAACUUCUCUGGACCCUGUGUAAUCUUGUUUUGAACUGUUGCUAAUAUAAUUCCUCACUCGCCAAAAAAAGGGAUUAUUUAGGUUUCUGGGAAACUGCCCACCUACCCCUUCCCUAAGUCAACAUUAACACUAACUUCUCACUUAGGGCAAAAUGUUGGGUUAGGGGAGGGGUAGGUGGGCAGUUUCCCAGAAACCCAAAUUGAUUCAAAAAAAUGUCUCUCCCUCUCAAUCACCAUCUCCCCACGUGGUGAAGUCCAUAUCGGGUUUGUGCUCACGCAAGGCCCUCCCCACAUGAAAGGGGUAAGGCUAACACUAACGCACAGUUGUAAGCUUUUCCUUAUCCAAAUAAACAAACAAACAAAGGCAACGUUGUACAGUUGUAUCUUUAUCUGACCAUUAAAGAACGUCGUCAGUCAACUUCCUUUAGUGCCUUUACAGCGGCAGGACAAACGCAGUCGGUAGUGUGUUUGACGGCAGGGUGCGGCUUCGCGGGUUGGACUCCCGGGACAGGGUCUUAAAGGUGCUAUGUCACGCUAUUUGCCAUUUUCAAUUAAUGUGAAAAAGCUAACAUUUUUCUUCGCAUCAAUCUAAUGGUCCAUGAUGGACAUGCAUGGAUUGAAACUUCAAAAAGUUGGGCCAAAAUUUUCAAGUUUAAAUGCUAUGCAUGCAAAAUUCUCAAAAAAAAAUUUUCAUGUUUGGUGCUUCCUCUAUGAUUUUUUUAAAAUCUUCUUCAUAUAAUGUAGCCAUAGCAACGUUGAUCUUUUCACAUGGAUAUAACAUGUCAUUUUCACAUGUGAAGAUGUCAUGUUUUCGCUCGAAAUUUCAUUGUUGUUUAUACAAUAAAAAUUUUUUUUCAAAGGUUUUGAGUACUUUGUUAGCGAGGAAUUGUGCUUUUGACUUCGGAGUCUAAGACCUCCCUGGAGAAAUGCACCCUCUAUCAACGCACAUAAUGCGUGACUCCGAAUUUCUGUUUAACUCUGACUUACGUUUACGUUCCUUUAGAUGAAGCUUGGUGGUCUUGGAUCUUGCCAGUAUGACACGGAAAUGAAAAAGUGAGUAUGUGUUUGUAUUCUGGUCACCAGACGAGAUUUCUUUGGCGGUUAAGGUAGACGUACAAGGCAAGUCUUUCGUCUCCGCCUUUCUCUCAUGGAAUAGCGAUAUAAUGACUUGUGUACAUUUGCAACUGAUUUCACUUAAAGGUAUAUUUUCAGUUGCUUUUCGAGUGUAGCGCCAUGGAGCUUUUAAGUCGUGCGUUUUAUGCUACUUUGUCAAUCAUAUUUAAAAAAAAGCAAAAACGUUAAUAAUGAAACGUGCUCUCCCUCUCCCCCUGCCCAUUUCUUGUGAUGCUUGUGGAAAUUUUCAAGUUGUUGGUUAAAUGCGUUUAUGUUUUUUUUUUUUUUUUCAGAAACAAGCCUGCAUAUACACAGAAAGACGUGGUGUACCAGUUUGCCAAGCUCUUCUCUAUUCACUUCACUGGUUUUAACUACAAGGUUAGGGUGACAGAUGAGAAUGUGGCCAGCAGCUUCAAGGUAGUCUUCUUGAUACCCGAUUGGAUUCGCACCUUUGAUUAUAUAUAGUUUUGUGAAGUAUUUUCAAGGUUAUUUUUUUAAGUCUGCCAAAAAAGGUUCUUGUAUGUGGGGUAAUUUUUGUCAAAUUAAGUGUAGUAGGUUCUUAAUUUUUAUGAAAAAGAUGAUAGAUUGCUGAUUAUCAGGAUAUAUAGUUUAGUGCAGUUUUAGUUCACAAUUUUAUUGUUUUAACCAUAACAAAACUGAUUACUGAAAUAAGAUACAAUUUGGUACAGUAUGUUCUUGUUAUACGUAAAUUCACAAGCUGAAAGUUACUCUCCUUGGUUAAAUUGUUUAUCAUAAUUUAACUGAAACCGAGCCCGGGCCACGUGUAAGAACCUGCCCGAUAUUGCUUGGCUAAACAGCUUCUUGUAUUUUUUGGCAUUAAAGUGGCAAAUUUCUGCCAAAAAGGUUCUUAAUCCACAGGUUCUUAUUCUCGGGUGUUUACUGUAUCAGAGUUGGCCUUGAUCCAUUAGUCUCCUUCAAUUUGCUGUUUGUUUUUUUAACCAUCAUUUUAGUUUUUCGUUGGGUUGUGUCUUAUUGCCGUUGGGUUGUGUCUUAUUGUGUCUUAUUGCCGAUUCUACAGAAACGAGUGAUCAGAACUAUAGGUAAAACCAGUUUCGAUGCACAUACUGAUCCAAUCUUUCAAAAUCUUGGUAUCUUAAAAUUUCAUGAUAUAUACUUAAUACAACUAGGCUUAUUCAUGUACUCCUAUCAAAACCAUACUCUACCUUAAAAAUUUCAUUGUAAAUUUACCUUACAAAGUCAAAUUCAUUCGGAUGAUAAAAGAAACUCGUUUAAAUAUCGUCUGCCUUUCUGUCGUACUCGAACCAAACAAUUUUCAGUUUUUUAUCAAGGACCUAAAUUUUACAACACCUUAAACACCAGCGUUAUCAACGCUUCCUCACCUUUUUCCUUUAAAAGAGCUCUUAAGGCAUUUAUUUGUAAUAAUUAUUAGUAUACUCCAACAGAAAUCUUGCGAAAAAGUCUUUUAAUAUUCAACAUUAUUUGUAAACUUCCGUAAUAUUGAUUAGUUUAAUUCUCCACCUGAUAUUAUUUUGUAUCCGUCGCCGUAAUUUUUAUGCCAUCUUCGAAAAAUUGUAAUUGAGGAGGCCUAAUUAACAUAAUCUCUAUAGUUUCCUUUAGGCCUCCUCACCAUUUCUUCCUACAUUUUUUUUUUUUGGCAUUUUUUUUUGAAAUUAUUGUAAUCGUGUGGCAAAUAAAAUACAAAUACAAAUAGCAGUCGUGUUGGCUCAGUUAUACGAAAACAAUACAAAUACCGAGUUUGCUUUAUUUUUAUUCCCACGGUCAGCUAACCAAUACAUGUCCAGCUCUAACUAUUAAAACCGCUACUAUUGGCUUGUCGGUUUCAAAGAGUUGGAGUCGAGUAGGAGUAGUAGGAGUUGGGUUGGGGGUGGGUGAUAGCUGUAAGCAGUAGCUGUUAAAGAAUAAUAAAGACCAAGAUGUAAGAAGCACACUCUCGGUACCUUCUCUUGUAGCAUGCGAGUUGCUCGAGCACCCCCAACAUAAUUAUUUUGGUGGAGAACCCAGGCAACUAACCUUGAAAAUACUUCACAACAGUAGUAUGCGGAUGAUUAAGCGUUAAAUUUUUAAAAUAAUUUUAAACAUUAAAAUCACCCUUACUUAAUUAGGCUAGGAAUCUCACAGGUUUUUUUUUUGCAGAUACUCCUAAAAAGGUAGAUAACAUCCAUCGAGCAAUAUGUUUUGCGUAUUCUUGCUUUCCUUCCGUUCAGUUUUAGUCAGAAAUUCAGCUAUUCUCUAUUUUCCAGUUGCCCAUAAUACACUCUGUUUGCACCCCAAAUUCUGCAUAAACCAUUGUUUUUAAAUGCUCCUGGGAGUAUUGCAUUUUCCCAAGAGCAUUUUAAGGCAAUAAGUUGUGCAAAAUUUGGGGGGCAAACAGAGUGUAUUAUGGGCAAUUGGAAAAUAGUCAAUUUUGACUUCAGAUAGCCGCCAUUCUUUUAGUUCACUCAUGAAUAAACAGCUGGGCCGCUGCGCCUGGAAACGAGGGUGAUCGAUAGUCUAUUGCUUGUGCUACCUUUUUUCUAAAUCAACCUUGUUUCCAAGCUUCUCGCAUCUUCCAAAUUUGGUCAACGCCAGUUGGUUCUCAAGAAUUAGCCGCGGGCUUGAAACCAAUCAAAAACGGUGACAUACUUUAAAUGAGUAAUUCUUAUCAUUAUCAUUAUCAUCAUCAUCAUCAUCAUCAUCAUCAUCAUCAUCAUUAUCAUUAUCAUUAUCAUUAUCAUUAUCAUUAUCAUUAUCAUUAUCAUUAUCAUUAUCAUUAUCAUUAUCAUUAUUAUUAUUAUUAUUAUUAUUAUAUUUUUUAACUGAAUUUUUUAACCCCUUCCACUUUUUCCCUUCAAUGUUUUAGGCCUCUGCUGGAAGACAUGGCUACGCUUGCCCUUCUCAUUUUUGCGACGUUUUUAAUAGUUGUAUGCAAGAAAACCCAGAAGCAAGACCUUCGUUUAAGGAAAUCAGAGAAUCACUUCUUGCACAAGUAGGUUCUCACACACUUCUUUUCGUGUACCUUCCGCUAGUAAUUCCCCAUAUCAUCAUAGAUGAAGAAAUGUAAAUCCUCCCUCUUUUUAGCCUCAAUUAACAUUAUAGAGCUUUAGAUUUGAGAACGAUUACUACGGUGACUACGAGAACGAGAUUUUCUCAUUACUAAGUAGUGCACUUAAGCGAGUAAGCCAGCGUCAUUUUGGCGGGAAAACGUGAUAGCGGCUGUCAUUCUACAACGGUUUUCAUCGUGAAUGUCGUAGCGGCGGGAGCAAGUUAUCAAAUGUAAGAAUUUUUAUCACUUUGGUAUCGGGAGAGGACUUUAAAACCUCCUUCAGUAUAGAUAAGCGUACUAUUUUUUUUUGGUGGAAAAAAAAAAAUGUAAAAUGAAACUUUUCGGGAUGUCCUUUUUUUUUAGAACACGCGAGUUAAAUCUCGUACUCGUUCUCAUCUUGACCGAAACCGGUGUUCUGUGUGUUGGAGUAUGUAUAGCAAACAAAUUAUUUCAACUUAUUUUGUAAGAAAAUGUCUGAAGAUCAGUCCAGAAAAUUGGUAUGUAGAUAUUAGCACUUCAGGUGUAUGGUUCUGCUCAUUAUAGGUUUCACAACAUUUUAUUUACGUAGAAGUUUCCAUCGAAAGUGAGAGUAACUACUACGUUUUUUGCCGUGUCACCGGAUUUUAUCGGCUUUAAAACUGGAGAGUUGAUUACAUUGAUCGCUAAGGACAGGCACAAGUAAGCAAUGACCAUUUUCUAUGUAUAGUCGAUUCCUCUAGUAGAAACCUUUUGUAGUCGAAAACGUGUCAGCUGAAUGUGUACCCUAGGGAGGUUAAAAAGCAACGCUUGUAUGCAGGUGUCUUCUAGUCAACACAGAUGUCCAUCACAUAAGGGAGAUUAAGAAUGCUUUGUUUGUACUGCUUUAUUUGGCUGGGAACGUGCCUAAGUGCCCCUAGGCAAAAAAGGUUUUUCCUGAGGAAGAUAAAAAGUGGAGUGUUAGUGUUUAUUUCCGACCAUGAAAAAGUGCCCUCUAAUUAAGAGAGGUGUCCGUCUAAUGGAGGCUAACCCUUUAAAUCCCAAGAUCAAAAUUUGAAUUUUCAUUUGUUGCCCCUAUUCAUUUCCUACAGAAGUAGUAGCGAGAAGUUGAUAUAAUAUCAAGCAAACGCAUCUUGUGUGAUCAUGUCCGUAAUUCUCAUGACCACUCUGUUUUACAAAGCAUUGAUAUUACAAGGAGAAAUUUGAUGCUGAUCACUCUUAAGGCUUAAAGGGUUAAAAAUGCAGUGGUAUACUUGGCUGGGACCUUGGCAAAGUUUCCUGUAAGAUAUCCCUAUAAAAAUAAGCCUAAGCGAUGGUCCAUGUGGUAUGUAUCUAAGGAUUUGCGUUUGUUUGCAGGGAAGACAAAACGGUCUGGUUAGGUGAAAGACAGGACAGGAAAAUCGGAUUCUUUAAGAGCGAGCAUGUGAAAGAAGUGUUGGGUUAUCACAUUAUGGACGGUAAGUUGGUGAAUUCGUUUCUGAUUACCAAAUUAAUUAUUAUUUAUUUCUGGGUACGUUUCUACAAAAAAACAGCCAGCCGGAGACAAACGCAUCAAAAGUAAGGGAAGUGCGCCAAACAGUGCAAAAGGUCUUGUGUACAGUCAAAGGCGGAUCCGCUGUGCAACAUUGGACAUCCAAUGAUCUGUUCUAUAGGCCACUAAUCAUUAACGCCUGCCUUUUUUUACCAGAUUCAUUUGUACCACCAGAGAUUCGAGCGCGGGGUCCAGAAGCCGAACUUGCUUUCCAAAAAGCCCUGCAGAGUGGAAAGGUGAAAGUUUACCGUGGUCGCAUAAUGCUACUUGGCCAGGACAGGGCGGGCAAAACGAGUCUCAAAAAAUCUCUUUUGGGAAUGCCUUUCAACCCACAGGAAGAGAGUACAAUUGGAGUUGAAGUUGAUCCUUCAAAAUGCCAAGUGGACGUCGACCAAAUUAAAAAUUGGGAGCCCAUAAAAGAUAAGAAGCUUGAAGUAUCUGAGUUUGCUGAAGACAUUGCAAUGCUCAUCGCGAAGGAUUUGAGUAAAGGACAAACUGACAAACAAGAUAUUUCGCAGUCCGCGGGAGUUAUAGAAGAGGUACCGUUGAUGAAACAUUGUACAUUUUUUUAGCCUUUUUUUUGCUGUGGUCGAGAUGACGAUUUUGUUUCUUUAGCUUGAAACUAAUACUUUCAAUGAGAUUAUCUCAACCAACUGCUUCGUCUGAUUUUGUUUUGCUGUUGUUUAAUGUUGUAUUUUUGUUGUCUGGACAGUGAAGAUGUUUUUUGCUGAUUUACUAUGUUGAAUUUAAGGUGGCUUGUCUGGAUUUUUUAGGGGGGAUACCUCCCAAGUUUGAGCAUUAACUACGUCGGCAUGAGUAAAGAUAUGGGGAAAAGGUUACCACAACUGUACUAAAAAGAGGAAAAUUUGUAAUAAUCUGGGUUUUAUUGCAAUCGGAGUCGCCAUGGCAACGUAAUGACGCCAUUACAUUUUUUAUUUAUCUUUGUGUUUCUCUGUACUAGGAGUUUUUUUAAGAAAUCGCUUAAGGCAGUAUCUACCUGCCAUAAUUGCCUCAAUUAUGGCAAAGUUUGAACAAAUUCUAUGAGAGCGUUUUCGAAAUCUAAAGAUUGUUAUACACCUGAUUGUUUUAUAGAGUAAUGUGGACGAAUUGGACGGCAUUAGGCCAAAGCAAUCUGAGACCUUGUCAACCGUAGCUGAGUCGACAACGAAUAUAAAACCUGAGAGCACCUCAGAGCUGCAUGGCUCCAGGGAUGAUAAUGCAGAGGGGAAAAGUUCAACCAGUUCAUCAGAUCAAGGUGUGCAGUUAAAUAUCGACACCACUGCUGCGUUGUCGGACGAUGUCACAGAAUUGGUCAUUCAAUACUUGGAGCGGCUUAAAUUGGAUGAUGACAUCAAAGCAAAGGAAGUCAUUUUGACGCUGUGGGAUUUUGCUGGACAGCACCUAUACUAUGCGUCACAUCCUGUCUUUCUUUCACCGCGAGCAGUGUACGUCUUGGUCUAUAAUCUUAGCAAAAGUCUAAGUGCCGAAGCUGAGCCCUGUGUCAGACAAGGUAUUCAUGAUCUUCUCUUGGACAACCCAAACAGUGAGACCAACUUAGAUAGUUUACUGGCCUGGUUAGUUUCUGUUCAUAGUAUUCGACGUCCUACAGAGAGUAAAACUGUGCAAGGAGCAGAUCAUCAAGGCACAAACUUGCCCUAUCUUCGUCCACCAGUCUUCAUUGUUGGUACAAAUGCUGAUCACCCUUUCGAAGACUACAAGAAAAUGGAAAAGUGCAUCGAGAGGGGUAUCUCGGGCAAUACUUACGAAGAGCACGUGAUCAGGCCAUUCUUUGCAGUCGAUAACACUAAGUCGCAAAGCGAUGACGGGAUCCAGAAACUACAGAAGGAAAUUAUGGAGGUAUUGAAACGAGAACCGUACAUGGGUGAAGAGGUACCAAUUAGGUACGUUUCGCAAAAUAGUGUGUUCUAUUCAAGGUAGUAAUUCGGUACCCUUUUUGGAUUGGACUGAAAAGCACGAUUAAAAGAAAACUCAAUAUACGACGUCUACUUCAUUUAUGUCAGGUUUCGUUAUUACAAAAUUGGCUGUUUAUGCAUAACUGAAAAUUGUACAUAUUUUGUUGUUAAAUGAAAUAUCGUGGCGUUUCGUAAUGUUUUUUUUUUUCUUUUUUUUUUUCUCAUUACAGUUGAGGGGCGUAGACCUCUCGGAACAACUUGCAGCUCUUCCAUAAGCAAGCUAGACGUAAAGUGAAAUAUUCAAUUACCCUAAUGCAAAAACCAAAUACACCAAACCAACCCACUUUUUUUUACCUCCAAUCCUUUUUCGGUCGUCUUUGCUUGUAACGGUUUCUUCGUUGUCCCUUUAUUGUUCACAAUAGGUGGUUCAAUUUCGAAAAAGUUGUCGAGGCAUUGGUUGCGAAGAAAACUUUCCACAUGUCCCUGGACCAGCUUCUGACCGUCACCAGAAGAGUUUGCCAAAUCGAGGACGAUGCGGAGUUGACGGCCAUGUUGAAUUUCUAUCAUGAUCUUGGUGUUAUAGUCAAGCAUGGCCAUACAGUAGUGCUGCAGGCUCAGUGGCUUAUCAACCUAUUUAAACAACUGAUAACUGUCCGGCCUUUCAAUGAGGUGGUAAGUCUUUAAGGACUUUAAGAUUCGAAGACGCGAGGAAGAAUACGAGGUCUAGAUUUUGCUCAAUACAAAGUAAAACGCGCGUGAACCAGUGUCCUUCUUGGGAAAACCCUGACAGCCGUCGUCUUUUUAUUACGAGUUUUAGCGAUAAUAUCCUAGUGGCGGAAGCAAAAGUUGUCAGAUGUUAGACAUUUUAUCAUUUUGCGAUCGGGAAAGGGCAUAACCUCCUUCAAUAAAGGUAAUGGUGCUAUCUUUUCUGCUAAAAAACGUCUUAAGCAUUACGGGGUAUCUAAUACACAAAUAAAUCUUUAAUUCAAUAAUAGUACUCGUAGUUGUUCUCGUCCUCGAAUCUUAAGGUCUCUAAUUGUGCGUUUGAGCGAGUUCCCUGUUUUUAUCCCCAGGCCGAUAAGAAUCAUUCUUAAACUGAUGCAUAUCUCAUACAUCUGCAUUUACUAUCCGUUACGAAAAUCUCUUUAAAAAUGUUGAAUACCUCCUUUAAUGAGAACUUUAUUAAUGUUUUCCCUCGUUUUUAUACUCCUAAGGUAUUGGAUGCGCAUCAUGUAGUCGCUUAUCAUUCAACAACUGUAACAUUUAUUGAUAUAAAGUCUUUUACCAUAACCUGAACUAUUUCGUUUACAUGUGUUGGUCGACUGCUAUUGUCUGUACGAACAUAGACAACCUCUUGAUAGCGCAAACAUUUUUCUCAGCCCUUGCUCGCAAGUUUCUGGUGAAUGUCUCUGGAAUUAGGCAUUCAGGCACUUCGGUGUUAUUGCAAACGAAAACACAAAUCGACCAUACUAACAACAGGCCUCUGUGGGAUUUAUUCAUAUUCUGAAGAUGUUCCUGAAUUGUUCUAAAUUUUAGGAUCCUUUGUUUUCCAAAUGUUGGCGCGAGCUGGAAGAAAACGGCAUCCUUAGAAUGGCUCUUGUAGAUCACAUUUUCACGGAUUUCAUUCAGAAUGGCCUUCCGAAGCAGGACGUCCUUGAUAUGAUGGAACUGUAUGGCUUAAUUGGCAAGUUCUCCUGCUUGUCUUCGAAGGACGAUCGAGUGCAAGAAUACUUUGUUCCAGCUCAGCUCAGAUCAUCCCCAUCUGGUCUGUGCAAGAUACGUCCCUCCGAUAGUGAUCCGUGUCCACUAUACAUCCAUUUCCCUGAUGGAUUUGUUCCACACGGGCUCUUUUCUCAGCUGCUGUCAAGGUGUAUCAGCUGGUGCUCCCAACAAGGCCUCAAGCAGCCUCCACAGCUAUUUAAUAAUGGUGCAAGGCUUUUCAUUGGAAUGCAGAGUGCUUUCGAGCUUUUCCUAAUUUGCAGAAAGAGAUUCAUCAAGGUUGUGUUGAAGAUGAGUCAGAGAUGUCGUUCCAUGACUGGGUCAUUGACAGCUGCCUCAACGAAGAUAGCCAAUGAGGUUCGGGCCUUUGUUGAGGCUUCUUUAAGAGCCCUUACGUCUGAGCUGUCCUGGUUGCAAAACCUCCAGUAUGAACUUUGUGUCGCUUGCUGUCAUUGCUUGCAAAAUGGUGACCAGAGCACUAAACAUGAAUCGACAAGUUGUUCUCAGGAUGAGUGCCUGCAUCUUCUCCGAGUACGUCCCGGAGAAGAGCCAAUUUGUACAAAGAGCUACAAUGGUGAAGCGGUUAAGGUGAAUGGGUUGGAGAAAUGGUUCCAAGCUUACAAAGCUCAGGUAAUCUUCUUUUCACUGAGGCCUCCCGUUUAACUGUCUAAAAGAGCAGUCUCUGCGUUAUAAUUAUAGAAGCAGGCUGAUAUUGCGCCUUCGCUAAUGCUUAUGUUACUCCUUUGUUUGAUUUAAAUUAGAAUGACGAGGAGGUCUUGGAGUGCCCGCUUGUGGGCAACGAAAUUUUAAAAGGUACUAUGUUGAUUUCCUUUUCCUUAGUCUUGAUUUCCCUUUCCUUUUUGUUUGUUUGCUUGGGGCUUGUUUUGUUAUAUGCCACGCUUGUUUUAAAAAUCGCGUCAAAAAAAUGCAAUUUAAAAGCUAAUGUACAUAGUAGCUGUUGCUUCCUUGAUCUGUACCGCUAAUAAUUCACUCUUUCUAGGUCUAACAAAAGUGUCUGAAUCACAGUCUUAAUUUUACCUUGACUGGUUGAACCAGGCAACGGAUCAGAAUUUAUCUUGUUUCUGUUUUCCAUUACCGUUCGUCAUUUAGUUUCUGCUGAAACUAUCGUGGAAAACAGGCGGGUUUUUUCACCUUUUUCAGGUGGUUGAAGGCGAGCGCGGAGCGCCAGAGGCUCCCGUUGAUAAACGGCGAAAAAAAUGCGUUAUUAGUUUCGCGUCCCUCCCGUCUUGCGUGUCUGGUACUCUACGUCCGCUUCGCGCUGGCUUUCGCUCGCCAGAAAAAUGCAAACCGUCUGUUCUGCACGUUAACUGAACUUCACCCUGUUAAUCACUCUAGAGUGGCCUUUUAAGCAUUCAUUAAACGUUGCUUUUAACAGAUUUUGCAUCACUCAAGUGUGGCAAACCCUCAACUGACGACCUUCUACUUAUUGCUUAUGACCUUGGUUCCUCGUGGAAAAUGUUUGGACGGGCGCUUAACCUAAUCCUUCAAAAUGCCAAGUGGACGUCGACCAAAUUAAAAAUUGGGAGCCCAUAAAAGAUAAGAAGCUUGAAGUAUCUGAGUUUGCUGAAGACAUUGCAAUGCUCAUCGCGAAGGAUUUGAGUAAAGGACAAACUGACAAACAAGAUAUUUCGCAGUCCGCGGGAGUUAUAGAAGAGGUACCGUUGAUGAAACAUUGUACAUUUUUUUAGCCUUUUUUUUGCUGUGGUCGAGAUGACGAUUUUGUUUCUUUAGCUUGAAACUAAUACUUUCAAUGAGAUUAUCUCAACCAACUGCUUCGUCUGAUUUUGUUUUGCUGUUGUUUAAUGUUGUAUUUUUGUUGUCUGGACAGUGAAGAUGUUUUUUGCUGAUUUACUAUGUUGAAUUUAAGGUGGCUUGUCUGGAUUUUUUAGGGGGGAUACCUCCCAAGUUUGAGCAUUAACUACGUCGGCAUGAGUAAAGAUAUGGGGAAAAGGUUACCACAACUGUACUAAAAAGAGGAAAAUUUGUAAUAAUCUGGGUUUUAUUGCAAUCGGAGUCGCCAUGGCAACGUAAUGACGCCAUUACAUUUUUUAUUUAUCUUUGUGUUUCUCUGUACUAGGAGUUUUUUUAAGAAAUCGCUUAAGGCAGUAUCUACCUGCCAUAAUUGCCUCAAUUAUGGCAAAGUUUGAACAAAUUCUAUGAGAGCGUUUUCGAAAUCUAAAGAUUGUUAUACACCUGAUUGUUUUAUAGAGUAAUGUGGACGAAUUGGACGGCAUUAGGCCAAAGCAAUCUGAGACCUUGUCAACCGUAGCUGAGUCGACAACGAAUAUAAAACCUGAGAGCACCUCAGAGCUGCAUGGCUCCAGGGAUGAUAAUGCAGAGGGGAAAAGUUCAACCAGUUCAUCAGAUCAAGGUGUGCAGUUAAAUAUCGACACCACUGCUGCGUUGUCGGACGAUGUCACAGAAUUGGUCAUUCAAUACUUGGAGCGGCUUAAAUUGGAUGAUGACAUCAAAGCAAAGGAAGUCAUUUUGACGCUGUGGGAUUUUGCUGGACAGCACCUAUACUAUGCGUCACAUCCUGUCUUUCUUUCACCGCGAGCAGUGUACGUCUUGGUCUAUAAUCUUAGCAAAAGUCUAAGUGCCGAAGCUGAGCCCUGUGUCAGACAAGGUAUUCAUGAUCUUCUCUUGGACAACCCAAACAGUGAGACCAACUUAGAUAGUUUACUGGCCUGGUUAGUUUCUGUUCAUAGUAUUCGACGUCCUACAGAGAGUAAAACUGUGCAAGGAGCAGAUCAUCAAGGCACAAACUUGCCCUAUCUUCGUCCACCAGUCUUCAUUGUUGGUACAAAUGCUGAUCACCCUUUCGAAGACUACAAGAAAAUGGAAAAGUGCAUCGAGAGGGGUAUCUCGGGCAAUACUUACGAAGAGCACGUGAUCAGGCCAUUCUUUGCAGUCGAUAACACUAAGUCGCAAAGCGAUGACGGGAUCCAGAAACUACAGAAGGAAAUUAUGGAGGUAUUGAAACGAGAACCGUACAUGGGUGAAGAGGUACCAAUUAGGUACGUUUCGCAAAAUAGUGUGUUCUAUUCAAGGUAGUAAUUCGGUACCCUUUUUGGAUUGGACUGAAAAGCACGAUUAAAAGAAAACUCAAUAUACGACGUCUACUUCAUUUAUGUCAGGUUUCGUUAUUACAAAAUUGGCUGUUUAUGCAUAACUGAAAAUUGUACAUAUUUUGUUGUUAAAUGAAAUAUCGUGGCGUUUCGUAAUGUUUUUUUUUUUCUUUUUUUUUUUCUCAUUACAGUUGAGGGGCGUAGACCUCUCGGAACAACUUGCAGCUCUUCCAUAAGCAAGCUAGACGUAAAGUGAAAUAUUCAAUUACCCUAAUGCAAAAACCAAAUACACCAAACCAACCCACUUUUUUUUACCUCCAAUCCUUUUUCGGUCGUCUUUGCUUGUAACGGUUUCUUCGUUGUCCCUUUAUUGUUCACAAUAGGUGGUUCAAUUUCGAAAAAGUUGUCGAGGCAUUGGUUGCGAAGAAAACUUUCCACAUGUCCCUGGACCAGCUUCUGACCGUCACCAGAAGAGUUUGCCAAAUCGAGGACGAUGCGGAGUUGACGGCCAUGUUGAAUUUCUAUCAUGAUCUUGGUGUUAUAGUCAAGCAUGGCCAUACAGUAGUGCUGCAGGCUCAGUGGCUUAUCAACCUAUUUAAACAACUGAUAACUGUCCGGCCUUUCAAUGAGGUGGUAAGUCUUUAAGGACUUUAAGAUUCGAAGACGCGAGGAAGAAUACGAGGUCUAGAUUUUGCUCAAUACAAAGUAAAACGCGCGUGAACCAGUGUCCUUCUUGGGAAAACCCUGACAGCCGUCGUCUUUUUAUUACGAGUUUUAGCGAUAAUAUCCUAGUGGCGGAAGCAAAAGUUGUCAGAUGUUAGACAUUUUAUCAUUUUGCGAUCGGGAAAGGGCAUAACCUCCUUCAAUAAAGGUAAUGGUGCUAUCUUUUCUGCUAAAAAACGUCUUAAGCAUUACGGGGUAUCUAAUACACAAAUAAAUCUUUAAUUCAAUAAUAGUACUCGUAGUUGUUCUCGUCCUCGAAUCUUAAGGUCUCUAAUUGUGCGUUUGAGCGAGUUCCCUGUUUUUAUCCCCAGGCCGAUAAGAAUCAUUCUUAAACUGAUGCAUAUCUCAUACAUCUGCAUUUACUAUCCGUUACGAAAAUCUCUUUAAAAAUGUUGAAUACCUCCUUUAAUGAGAACUUUAUUAAUGUUUUCCCUCGUUUUUAUACUCCUAAGGUAUUGGAUGCGCAUCAUGUAGUCGCUUAUCAUUCAACAACUGUAACAUUUAUUGAUAUAAAGUCUUUUACCAUAACCUGAACUAUUUCGUUUACAUGUGUUGGUCGACUGCUAUUGUCUGUACGAACAUAGACAACCUCUUGAUAGCGCAAACAUUUUUCUCAGCCCUUGCUCGCAAGUUUCUGGUGAAUGUCUCUGGAAUUAGGCAUUCAGGCACUUCGGUGUUAUUGCAAACGAAAACACAAAUCGACCAUACUAACAACAGGCCUCUGUGGGAUUUAUUCAUAUUCUGAAGAUGUUCCUGAAUUGUUCUAAAUUUUAGGAUCCUUUGUUUUCCAAAUGUUGGCGCGAGCUGGAAGAAAACGGCAUCCUUAGAAUGGCUCUUGUAGAUCACAUUUUCACGGAUUUCAUUCAGAAUGGCCUUUCGAAGCAGGACGUCCUUGAUAUGAUGGAAUUGUAUGGCUUAAUUGGCAAGUUCUCCUGCUUGUCUUCGAAGGACGAUCAAGUGCAAGAAUACUUCGUUCCAGCUCAGCUCAGAUCAUCUCCAUCUGGUCUGUGCAAGAUACGUCCCUCCGAUAGUGAUCCAUGUCCACUAUACAUCCAUUUCCCUGAUGGAUUUGUUCCACACGGGCUCUUUUCUCAGCUGCUCUCAAGGUGUAUCAGUUGGUGCUCCCAACAAGGCCUCAAGCAGCCUCCACAGCUAUUUAAUAAUGGUGCAAGGCUUUUCAUUGGAAUGCAGAGUUCUUUCGAGCUUUUCCUACUUUGCAGAAAGAGAUUCAUCAAGGUUGUGUUGAAGAUGAGCCAGAGAUGUCGUUCCAUGACUGGGGCAUUGACAGCUGCCUCAACGAAAAUGGCCAAUGAGGUUCGGGCCUUUGUUGAGGCUUCUUUAAAAGCCCUUACGUCUGAGCUGCCCUGGUUGCAGAGCCUCCAGUAUGAACUGUGCGUCGCUUGCUGUCAUUGCUUGCAAAAUGGUGACCAGUGCACUAAACAAGAAUCAACAAGUUGUUCUCAGGAUGAGUGCCUGCAUUUUCUCCGAGUACAUCUCGGAGAAGAGCCAAUUUGUACAAAGAGCUACAAUGGUAAAGCGGUUAAGGUGAAUGGGUUAGAGAAAUGGUUCCAAGCUUACAAAGCUCAGGUAAUCUUGUUUUCACUGAUGCCACUUGUUUAACUGUCUAAAAGAGCAGUUUCUGCUUUAUAAUUAUAGAAGCAGGCUGAUAUUACGCCUUCGCUAAUGCUUAUGUUACUCCUUUGUUUGAUUUAAAUUAGAAUAACGAGGAGGCCUUGGAGUGCCCGCUUGUGGGCAACGAAAUUUUAAAAGGUACUAUGUUGAUCUCCUUUUCCUUUGUCUUGAUUUCCCCUUCCGUUUUGUUUGUUUGCUUGGGGCUUGUUUUGUUAUAUACCACGCUUGUUUUAAAACUCUCGUCAAAAAAUGCAAUUUAAAAGCUAAUAUACAUGGUAGCUGUUGCUUCCUUGAUCUGUACCACUAAUAAUUCACUCUUUCUAAGUCUAACAAAAGUGUCUGAAUCACAGUCUUAAUUUUACCUUGACUGGUUGAACCAGACAACUGAUCAGAAUUUAUCUUGUUUCUGUUUUCCAUUACCGUUAAUUUCUACUGAAACUAUCCUUGAAAACAGGCGGGUUUUUUCACCUUUUUCGGGUGAUUGAAGGCGAGCGCGGAGCGCCAGAGACUCCCGUUGAUAAACGGCGAAAAAAAUGCGUUAUUAGUUUCACGUCCCUCCCGUAUUGCGAGACUAUUGCGUGUCUGGUGCUCUACGUCCGCUUCGCGCUGGGUUUCGCUCGCCAGAAAAAUGUAAACCGUCUGUUCUGCACGUUAACUGAACUUCACCCUGUUAAUCACUCUAGAGUAGCCUUUUAAGCAUUCAUUAAGCGUUGCUUUUAACAGAUUUUGCAUCACUCAAGUGUGGCAAACCCUCAACUGACGACCUUCUACUUAUUGCUUAUGACCUUGGUUCCUCGUGGAAAAUGUUUGGACGGGCGCUUAACCUAGACAAGCCACAGCUAGAACAAGUUGAAGAGGAUGAGCGGAAACUGAUCGAAAAGAGCUAUGGUGUGUUAUUGAUUGUCGUUAGCAGAUAGGAUAAUUUGCAUGACUUGCCAUUGGUAUAAAGACAUACAAAGCAUCUCAGUUAAAGACACGCCUGAAAUCCUUAAAUAAACUUGCCGUCGGAGUUAUUCUUAGUUUGUUAUUUAGAGUGAAAGCUACAAUUAACUUUCCAUGUUGUGUCUUUUGCUAUGUGCUCGUUCGUGUAAGACGUUUGCAUUGUGUAAUUUCUCCUAGUUUCGUGUGUAGAAAUUAAAGUAACAAUUAAAGUAACCUAAUCCCACUUCAGGUAUGCUAAAGAAAUGGUUGGAGUCUUGUGGCGGCACUGCAACAUAUCAAUGUCUUGCGGUAGCUUUCGAACAGCUGGGACGAACCGAUCUUGCUGCAAAGUACUGUAACGUGCACAGCGAUCCCCUUAAGGGUAAGUGCUGGGGUUGAUUUAAUAAAGGUUUUACAAGUGUAGCUGUUGUUGUCAGAUUCUAAAACAAUGGCUACACUUGUAAAUUACACUUGGAAAAGCUUUAUUGAAUUGACCCCUGGACUCUUCGUUGAUAUCAAGUUCCGCUUAUUAGUUAACAUGAUCAUAGGAUGGCAAGCUCGUCAUUGUCAACUUCAACAUUUUCAGAGAGCGAUAACUCCUCUUAUACAUUGUAUAGUUUUCCUUUCUUUCCUUUCACAGAAAAGAAUAGCACCUUGUCUAGUUCAUAGUCAUGUAUAGUUCACAAGUAGCACAACCCUUAAAGCUAACCUUCUCAACCAUUACACGGUCGGGGUGAAGAAAUAGCUCUUUUCUCGGCGGGUGAAACAACAGACUAAAAAGGCGUCUGUUCUCGCAGUUAGGACGUGUCAAAAGUCAGAUAGCUGUAAGAUUAUUGUAUAACUUGCUUAUCAUACUGAAAAGUGGAAUUGUUUCCUAUUUUUCGCAGAUUAUGUAGCUUUGCCUUCAUCGAUUUCAAUUAAGGCUGGCACACCAUCCAGUGAAGACCUUCUCGAUAUUGCUGGUGAAUUUUGUGCUUCUUGGAAGAUGUUCUGUCGAGCAUUACACCUUACUGAAGUCACGCUUGCACAGAUCGAGGAGAACGAGCGUGAUAUGGUCAGCAAAUGCCACGGUACAGUUACUAAAAAUACUAUCAUAAGCGGAAGCCCUAAUAAGCUCUAAUGUCGAUGCGUUGUUUUAGUUGAGUAGAAAAGAAAAGUGGGUUGAAGGCGAUUAAUAAGUGGGUCAGUUAAUGUCAACAAGGCGUCCUCAAACCCCACGAAAAAAGAAGGUGAUGAUGAUAAUGAUGAUGAUGGUGAUGGUGAUGAUGAUGAUGAUGAUGAUGAUAAUGAUGUAAUGAUAAUAAUAAGUAGCCUGAAUUUCAUUCGAUUACUUCGAGUCGUUAUUACUCCCUCAGUAACGUCUGAAUCGACCAGCCGUUAAUGCCGUCCAGUGACGUCACUACUCCUUGACGUUUGCUUUAAUUCAUGCAAAAAGUAGAACACGAUUUUCAAGUGGCAAACCGAGAAAUAUCGUUUGGAAAUGUCUGCAUGAUACAGAACUGCUUCAUUUUUUUCGAUUGUAUUUCAUUUUUAACGUUCAAACUAUCAACUGCAUGCAGUACAACUCUGAACCAGUUGUUCUCUUAUUUACCAUCUACGCGAGUUCGCUGUUUGACAUCAUGAAAUCUCAUCUGCCAUCCGUUCACACCUACGCGGACGAUACACAGCUAUAUAUAUCGUUUAAUCCCGUUGAUAAGACCAGCGAGGCUGAUGCUGUGAUUGCGAUUGAGAACUGUAUUCGUGACGUUCGCGCUUGGAUGAGAGAUGAUAAGUUAAUGCUAAAUGACGAUAAAACUGAGUUCCUGAUCAUUGGCACGGAACGACAGUUAUCAAAGGUGUCCGUUGACAAGAUCAAGAUCGGCCAAGCUGAGGUAUCGCCUGCUUCUUCAGUGCGCAAUUUGGGCACCUGGUUCGAUUCUCAUCUGGACAUGUCGACUCAUGUGACUAAGACUUGUGCUAGCGCGUUUUAUUAUUUGUACAAUAUCCGGCACAUUAGGAAGUAUUUGUCUCGUGAGUCCACCGAGAGGCUUGUUCACGCGUUCAUNUGCGCGUAGAUUUUAAGAUUCUCCUUGUUACAUUCAAGAUUCUGCACGGUGUUGCGCCUAGCUAUCUUAAGGAUCUUGUCUCUGUCUUACCGGUCUCACGUUACCAACUUCGCCGUAACAAUAAUGGUAUAUUGUCAGAAAGACCUCGGCUAAGAACGAAGAAGACCUUGGGAGAUCGCGCGUUAUCGAUGGCUGCCCCCUUUUUAUGGAACAGUCUUCCUCUGCCAAUUAGACAGGAAACAUCAAUCGACUCUUUUAAACGCUCUGUUAAAACAUAUUUAUUUAAAAAGGCUUUUAGUUAGAUUAUUUAUUUAUUUAUUUAUUUAUUUAUUUAUUAUUUUUAUUUUUUAUUUUUUUAAUAUUGUAAUGUUAAUAUUGUAAUAUUGUAAUUUUACCGGGUGAUUUUACUGGUUUUAAUUUAGUUAUUGAUAAUAUUGUAAUGCGCUUUUGAGUAUUUUUAUAGAAAAAGCGCAAUAUAAGUAUUGAAUAUUAUUAUUAUUAUUCUAAAUUCUAUAAUCAAACUCGGUCGCAAUCACGCGAUGAAAUAAACAGACACACGGAACACUUUAUAGUUCAAAAACACAAUGAUUUGCUUUAAUUGAAAAGAAGCUAUUUGGUCCUUAACGAAGGAAAAAAACAAGGAGACAAGAAAGAAAAGCUAACAGAAUCAUUACACUUGACGGUAAAUAUAGCAAGAAGAUCGAAUUAUAACAUUAAUCUCAGAAACUUCGCGAAAACAAAAUCACCGGCCGCCGAAACCACAAAGCGGCUCUAAAUAAAAAACCUACCGACUCUCCGCAAUGAUUCUUCAUUCGCAGUUCAAUUUAGCAUUUCAGUUUCGAAGACAAGGACAAUUUUGCUGUUUAAGAUAAAGACUAAGCUUAUCGAAAUGUUUGAACUAAACGAAAGAAUGCCAGGGAUGCGAUCCGCUGAAUGUCAAGCGACAAUCCUGCUAAAAUUUUUCAUAAUUAUACAUAAUUAUGCGAAUGUUUAGACAAUCAACCAAUCAAAAUCACUACCCGGUUUUCGGGUAGUGAGUGACGUCACUGGACGGCAUUAACGGCCGGUCGAUUCAGACGUUGUUUAGAGGAGAAAACGACUCGAAGCAAUCGGAUGAAUUUCAGGCUAAACAAUAAGAAAAAUUUAUGGAAAAGAGAAACUAUUUUUUUAUGGUUUCAGUUAAAAACGACUAGCAGCACCAAAUAUUUUUACGUUAACUAAGGGCCUGUUUACAAGGAGGGUGGGUAACCCUGGUGCUAGGGUUGUCCGAGCAAGAGGGUUACCCUAGCACUCGCACAUUGCGUCUGCUUCUUUUUUUUUUACACGACGUGUUUACAAGGCAGGUAGGGUUACCCUAGCAAGAAGGUUACCUUACCGGCCUUGUUAAGGCUUUGCUAGCGAUAACUCGCCCACCCGAGACAACUUUCCUCCGUCAUGCGUGACCAGUAACCUUGAAAAGUUGAACGGAGUUAUCCAAUUUCUGAGCUAAGUUAUAAACAUCUGAACAAAUAAGGUAGUUUUGUAUACGAUGAUAAUGUUUUCACGUGUUUUCCAUAGAGAACUUCAAGUUUUAUUUCAGAUCUUGGACGUUACAAAGAAUGUCACUCAUGACGAAACACGUCAGUAGAGGUGUAAAAGUUGACCGGGUCAUAGAGUAACCCUACCUGGGAAAUUUGCUUGUAAACCAGAGCUAACUUUAACCCACUCGCGAGGGUAAUCCUAGCACAAGGGUAACCCUCUCUCCUUGUAAACAGGUUCUUAAAACACUUAUUCUACCACUGCAGCUGUGUUACGAAUGUGGACAGAAAAGUGGGGAUCUGAGGCGACAUAUGAACGCUUGGCACAAGCACUGCAGCAUCCAGCUGUUAAGCACUCAAAUCUGGCUGCUAAGUAUUGUCACUUGAACAAGAGUACUUCUUAAGGUGGGAAAUGGUCUCCGAGAAGAUAUAACUGGAAAAAAAUAAUUUAUGCAUUCAUUUUUGUAUCAACGCUUAGCGCAGGCCCUGCACGUCCAGCUGUGAGGCACUCAAACCUAGCUGCUAAGUAGUGUGCAUGAACAAGAGUACUUUUGAAGGAGGGAAGUGGUGUCCGAGAAAAUUUAACUGGAAAAAUGAUUUGCCUAUGCAUUUUUGUAUCAAGGCUUGGCAAAGGCACUUCAGCAUCCAUUUGCUGUGGGGCGCUCAGUUCUGGCUACUAUGUAUUGUCACCUGAUCAAGAGUUCUUCUCAAGGUGGGAAAUGCGGUGUCUGAGAAGAUGUGACUGGAAAAGUGAUGUG